CCUUACACCUGUUGUCCUGUUCACCUAGCAGCAAAUAGGUAUCUGGGUGUUAGUCGACUGGUGUGGGUCGCAUCCUGGGGGACAAGAUUGAGGACCCCAAUGGAAAUAAGUUAGACAGUCCUCGAUGACGCAAUGACUUUCUUGGGUUAUCCUGGGUGGCUAACCCUACGGGGUUAAAAAUCCGAACGAAAUCUUAUCUUAUCUUUCCUGUGUACACCAGGAAGCAGAGCUGGAUACUACAUUAACUGCCAGUGGCCUUUACAAACCCAACACGAAGGCUGUAUUUAAGUUUUUAUGUGUAUAUACAUUGAGAGGCAAAUGGCUGAAGAAUCAAAAGUGGGUCAGCAAGUACAUAAACUGACCACACCUGCACUGCUGGUGGACCUAAUGAAGGUUAAAGCCAACUGUGCUCAAAUGUUAGCCACUUGCAAGUCCAUGGGUGUGUCUCUCAGGCCACAGACCAAGACCCAUAAGACCAUUGAGUGUGCCCUGCUGCAAACAGGUGGCAAGAAAUGUGGCUUAGUCACCUCAACACUGGAGGAAGCAGAGUUCUAUGCAAGACAUGGCUUUGAUGAUAUUCUUUAUGGCUUUCCACUCAUUCCACACCAUAUGCCUCGUGUCACUGCACUUACAAAGCAAUUGGAGAAGUUUCAUGUGAUAAUUGACUCAGAGUUGGCAGUGAAGAUGCUAAGGGAUGCCCCUUCACCUGGCAAAAAUUGGUCUGCAUUUCUCAAGGUUGACUGUGGCAACAAUCGAGCUGGAGUUUGGUGGAAAGAUGAAGCUGGUGUGGACUUGGCUGUGCUACUCCAAAAUUCCCCUAAUAUUGACUUUGCUGGAGUGUAUGUUCACUGUGGCAACUCCUACCACACCAGCAGCUCUGAGGAAGUCAUUCAAGUCCUGGAUGAUACUAUAGAGCGUUUGAUGACAUUUGUGAAUCAUGUAAGGCAGCGAGGGGUUACAUGCUCUACAGUGGGUAUUGGCUCCACUCCUACGUGCAGAAAGCCAACUGAUAGAAUGAAGAGUCUGACAGAGCUGCACCCUGGCAAUUAUGCCUUCCUGGAUGUGCAGCAGUGGAGCCUUGGGUCAUGUACUGAGGAAGACAUAGCUUGUUGUGUUGCUACCCGUGUCAUUGGCCACUACCCACGUAGGAACCAGAUGUUAAUAGACUGUGGUUUCACUGGCCUCACAAAGCAAGGGUACGGUGAAAUGGCAAGUGGCUACGGUGUCAUCCGUGGCCAUCCCAACCUCAAGUUGUGCAAAAUGACACAAGAGAUUGGCUUCGUGGAAUCAUUGGAGGGCAAGCUGGACUAUAUCUACCCAGUUAACUCCCUCCUCUACAUUCUUCCAUGGCAUUCAUGCGCCACAGCAGCCAUGCACUCUGUGUAUUAUGUGGUCGAAGGCGACACCGUGGUAGAAGAGUGGAGACCCACACGUGGUUGGUAAAUGUAAGCAGAUAUUGAACAUCAAGACAGUUUUUGGUGUUGGUAAACAUCGUAAGGUUAAGAAGUGUCAGUGAUGAAUAUUUUUAGUUAUGUAAGGAAUUCCUUCAGGUCAUGUUGUGGGGAGGGUUAACAUAUUGCCAUUGCUUGUGGUAGGGUAGAUAGUUUAGAACAUUGUAUAAUGAAGAUCUUCAGGGUGCCUCAAGAGAGGCAAGAUGCAUCUUUUUGAACCUGGGUAUUUUGAUCAACAGUUGGCAAGUAGUGAACACCUGUAGCAGACAGAGAACAUGUGUAGAUGUUCAGAAGAUUCAUGCAUUUACCAGUUUGAGUCUGAGUUUGUGUAAUGCCAUAUUUAUUUUACAAGUCUUGCAGAGUGUGAUGAUGACUUGUAUAAAAAUUUCUGCUCAUCCACAUUGUUAUGCAGCUCAUUACUAUAUAAUACUUUAUAUAAUAUUUGUGUAUACCUGAAUAAACUUACUUACUUACUUGACAUGCAAUAUGACUUGAACAAAUUGAGAGAUGAAAUAUAAUUUUAAUGUCAAAAUAUGUGAACACUGAUGUAAAAGCUGUAGACUUGAGAUAGCUUUUGUAUAUACUACUUUGUAUAUACAGCCUCUUCUCACUUAGCGACGUACUCGUUUAUUGACAACUCAGACUUAUGACGGGCUCUCUGAUCAGUAUGCAUACCUAAAUAAUGUACAUAUAUUAGAACUGAAUUCCUCUAUUCUGUUUAUUUUAAUAUGCAUUAACCCUUUGGGGGUUUCGGACGUACAGUGGACCCCCGGUUAACGAUUUUAAUCCGUGCAAGAGGGGUAAUUGUUAUGCGAAAUAAUCGUUAUGUGAAUGAAUUUUCCCCAUAAGAAAUAAUGGAAAUAAAAUUAAUCCGUGCAAGACACCCAAAAGUAUGAAAAAAAAAAUUUUUUUACCACAUGAAAUAUUAAUUUUAAUACACACAAACUGAAAAAGGCAUGCACACUUACAUGACACUUACUUUUAUUGAAGAUCUGGUGAUGAUUGAUGGGAUGGGAGGAGGGGAGAGAGUGUGUUA